GCAGCUUGACGUGUUGUUGUUAAAGAGCGGCAGAGCGUCGAAUCACUGCGGCAGCCGUCCCCGCGCUCUCCCCCGGCCCCCGGCUCUCCUUCAGCGCGCCCGGCUUUCCUCCAUCACCUUUUCUGUGACUUUCCAUGCUCGGACACGCAAUAGCGGUGGUGCGCGUCCGUGCUGGAGGUCGGUGGCUGCGGCGGGAGGAGGGCAUGUCCUUGGCGCGGAGGUGGAGCUGUGGAUGGACGGUGUAGCGCAGCGGUAGGCAGUGACAUUGGGUGCCUGGGAUGUGUUUGGCAAGCAGCGGUGGGGAGAUAGCAGUGAGCCCCGUCCACUCCACCGAAGCCCCCCGCGCAGAGUGAUGCGCUGCGGCAGACAGGCCUCCACAUCCGGACAGCACCGGGCCACAGCGACGAGCGUGCGCCGCAGAUAAACAAACCCCCGGCUCAUUCUGGACAAGCGAAAACAACAAACAAUGGCCAAUACUGAGGACACUGAGCUGUCAGAAUCCCUUAAAAUGGACAUCUCUGGCGAGCCUGAGGAGCCCAACUUCAAAUCUAAGAGUUUACCCAUCCUCACAGAGAGAAUACCCCACAAGGAAAGCCUCCUGACCAAGAGGGAACAAUGUAAGGACAGCCUACUAACCAAGAAGGUACCACGGCAGGAGAGCCCGCAGUCUGAGAGAGCACCCCACAAGAAAAGCUCACUGAAUGAGAGAGUACCCCACAAGAAGAACCUACUGACUGACAGAGACCAAUGUAAAGAGAUCCUGCUGAUUCAGAGAGUACCCCAUGAGAAGAGCUUGCUGACUGAGCGAGUACCUCACAAGGACAACCUGCUGAUCCAGAGAGGGCCCCACGAGGAGAGGCUGUUGUCCGAGAGAUUACCCCACGAGGAGAGUGUACUGACGGAAAGAGUACCCCACGAGGAGAGUCUGCUUACUGAGAGAGUACACCAUGAGGAGAAUCUACUGACCAACGGAGCACCCCACAAGAAGAGCCUACUGACCCAAAGCCUGACUGAGAGAGUGCCUCACAAAAAGAACCUAUUGAAUGAGAGAGUACCCCUUAAGGAGAGCCUACUAACUGAGAGAGAACACUGUAAGGAGAGCCUUCUGACGGACAGAGUACCCCACGAGGACAGCCUACUGACUGGAUCCACUUUGCUGCAGACUGAAGAGUGUGCCAAGUUCCUCCAAAUUGCCCCUAAAACCACAGACUCGCGAUAUGUCCCCAAACCAGGGAAGUCCAAGUUGAACCGGUCCAGCUCGUACAUGGAAGCCUCCCAGGUGCACGCAGCGAGGAGAGUAGCUGUCGGAUCUUUGUGCUCCAAGUUUGCUCGGAUCAGAUUUCCCAGUCGGAAACUCUUGUGGGCGAUUCUACAAGACUCGCGCUGCUUCCUCUUCUGUAUGUGCUACCUGACCUUCAUCCAGUCCCUGAUGGUGUCAGGCUACCUCAGCUCUGUCAUCACCACCAUCGAGAAGCGCUAUAGCCUCCGCAGCUCCGAGUCUGGACUACUGGUCAGCUGCUUCGACAUCGGCAGCCUCCUGGUGGUAGUCUUCAUCAGCUACUUUGGUGGGCGGGGUCAGCGUCCUAGAUGGCUGGCUGUGGGCGGAGUUUUCAUCGCAGUCGGCGCCGGCCUCUUUUCGUUGCCUCACUUUAUUUCUCCGCCCUAUCAGAUACAGGAAGUGAACUCGUCACUGGCCAACGAGGGGCUGUGUUUGAACAGCAACAGCAGUGGGCGGGACCAUGUGGACGUCACUUCCUGUCCACGGCAGCAGGAGGGGAAUGAGCAUGACCUGUAUGUGGCGUUGUUUAUUGUGGCUCAGAUCCUGGUGGGCAUGGGCUCCACCCCCAUCUACACGCUGGGACCCACCUAUCUGGAUGACAACGUGAAGAAGGAGAACGCUUCGCUUUACUUGGCCCUCAUGUAUGUGAUGGGAGCCCUGGGCCCAGCAGCAGGAUACCUACUGGGAGGAGUGCUCAUCGGGUUCUAUGUGGACCCCAAAACAGAUGUGCACAUCGAUCAGAGUGACCCGCGCUUCAUUGGCAACUGGUGGAGUGGCUUCCUUCUCUGUGCAGUGGCCAUGCUGCUGGUCAUCUUCCCCAUGUUCGCUUUCCCCAAAAAGCUGCCCCCACGAUACAAGAAGAAGAAGAGGAGGAAAAAGCUCAACCUGGAUGACUCAAGUGAUGACGAUGUGCUCAAAGAGAAGAACAAGAGCCAGAACGUGUCCUCCUCCAUGGGCUUUGGCAAAGACAUGAGAGAUUUGCCUCGUGCGGCUGUAAAGAUUCUGAGUAACGUGACCUUCCUUUUCGUCAGUCUGUCCUACACGGCCGAGUGCGCCAUCGUCACAGCCUUCAUCACUUUCAUCCCUAAGUUCAUCGAGUCGCAGUUCGGCAUCCCUGCGUCAAGUGCCAGCAUUUACACAGGUGUGAUCAUUGUGCCCAGUGCCGGCGUGGGCAUCGUCCUAGGCGGGUACAUCAUAAAGAAGCUAAAGUUGGGGGCGCGGGAGUCUGCUAAGCUAGCCAUGAUCUGCAGUGGCGUGUCUCUGCUCUGCUUCUCCACACUCUUCAUCGUGGGCUGUGAUAGCAUCAACCUGGGGGGCAUCAACAUUCCCUACACCACCGGUCCUACUCUGACCAUGACCCAGAGGAACCUGACGGGCGGCUGUAACGUGAACUGUGGCUGUAAAAUCCACGAGUACGCUCCUGUGUGUGGCUCCGACGGCAUCACAUACUUUAACCCCUGCUUGGCCGGCUGCAGCAGCGUGUCCAACGACUCCAGUGGGGUCCGUAACUACUCGGACUGCGCUUGCGUUCAGAGUCGACAGGUCAUCACACCGUCCUCUGGGGGUCAGGGUGGCCCUCAGCUGCAGCUGGUCAUCGUGAAGACCUACCUGAAUGAGAACGGCUACGCACUGUCAGGGAAGUGUGAGCGCGCCUGCAGCACCCUCAUCCCCUUUCUCAUCUUCCUCUUCAUCGUUACCCUGAUCACCGCCUGCGCCCAGCCCUCCGCCAUCAUUGUCACACUCAGGUCUGUGGCGGAGCAGGAGCGGCCCUUUGCUCUGGGGAUGCAGUUUGUCCUGCUGAGGACGCUGGCCUACAUCCCCACGCCCAUCUACUUUGGCGCAGUGAUUGACACCACAUGCAUGCUGUGGCAGCAGGACUGUGGCGUGCACGGCUCCUGUUGGGAGUAUGACGUCACCUCGCUGCGCUUCGUCUAUUUCGGCCUUGCCGCCAGCCUCAAGUUCCUGGGCUUCCUUUUCAUCUUCCUCACCUGGUACUCCAUCAAAUCUCGGGAGAAGAAGGUGGAGGUGUGGCUGAAGCGGCACCUGUCUCCAGCGGACACGGUGGGCAGUCUGGUGUGCCACCCGGGGGGGCACAAGGGACACGCACGCACACGCUCCUGCCCUGUCAAUAUCCCCCGUCACGAGCCCGCCCCCCUCAACCGUGGUGUCAGCACCCACUCCUGCCCCGGCAACGAGCUCCAAGCCCCGCCUCUGGACACGCCUACAGCCCCGGACACGACCACGCCUGACCCCCACCUCUCUGCCAUGGUCUGACUACAGCAGCAAGUGCUCUGAUUGGCUGCUCUGUGGUCAUGUGCUCGCUGGGGGCGGACACAGUGACACGCCAUGAGCUCCUGUCUGCUGAAGCAUGGACCCAGCUCUGUCCUGUGACUCAACUCAAAUAGUUUUGGACAAUCUAGCUGUUUUACAAUUAGAAAUCUAGUCAUGUUGAGGAUUUUUGAAUGACUAAAAAUGCCAGUGAAGUGCUGCGAUGAUCCUCACUAUCACACUCACAUGUCGGACACAUUUACCCCAGUGAAUCCCCCCAAAACAUUGAGUGAUUCUAGAUGGUAUAAAAGAACUAUAGGUGUUUUGAAUAACUGGAGAAGUGUCCUUGAACAUAGAACCCUUGAAGUAAUAAGAGUUAGGAAUGCACCGAUAAUGAUGGUAUCGAAUAUCACCACUGAUACUGAAAAAAACGCUGAAUCGGGUAUCGGUUCAAUGACAUCAGUUUUGCCAAUACCCUGGUUGGGCCUAUAAUUAGAUGUAGUAAGACUAUUCACAGGCUGAUUUUGGCCUUGAACGUCUCAUAAUGUUUCAACUUUUAUUCAUACAAAGCUGUUCAGUAUUUAUUUGCUUAACAUGAUUGGGAUGCAUAACACUACACUGGCAUUAGUUAAUAUCAGGUAUCGGCAGAUAUUUAAAGCCAAAGUAUUAAUAUCGAUAUUGGAAGUGAAAAAGAUGGAUUGGUUCUCAGCAUUCACAUUUUAAAAGAAUCGUAGGUGGAAAUUAGAAAAAAAAUAAAAAUGUAGACAUUAAAGGUGCACUAUGUAAAUUGUCUGCUUGUUUCCAUGGAGAUGUUGUUGCUUUACCCAGAAUGCAUGACUUUAAACUUGUAUUUAUUUGAUUACGGGUGUUGAUUUGCUAAAGAAUGCCUUGAGCAGAGUUGCUUCUGCACAGAUCUGACCUGCUUGUCUCAAUAAAGAUUAAUAGUUUAAUACCAUACUGUGGAACAUUCACAGCAAAGCAAUAACAUCUCCUUAGAGACAAGGAGUUGAAGCACUCGCCACUGUAGAAGUCUAAUAGAAUCAUUAGUUGCGGAUUUUGAUAAAGGAUGUGUAAAAAUAAAUGAUACACCAUUGCCCUUUCAAGUGUUACCAAUCACCAAACAGACGACGUGUUGUUUUAAGUUUUAUUGGACUAAACAGCAUUGUCAGGGUGCAGAGAAAAUCCUCACUGAAAAGGAUGGUUACAGAGUUGUCAUGUGGCACUACUAUACAACCAGCUUAGUCCUGGAUUUGUCCUGGUUUAGUUCUGGUUUAGUUCUGGUUUAAUCCUGGUUUAGUCCAUGAAUCUGCACAAGUCGGUAUAUCCGCCUGAAAGUGACAUUCUUUUGUAUAGGUUUCAGAAUGUUCCCUCACCUCAGGGCUUUACAUCUGUUUCUAUUUGUUCAGCAGUGUUUUUAAAGUAGUAUAUUGGAGGGGUUCAUACUACUAUCACAAUUUACACCUGGGAUGCCAUUCGUUGCCAUAUAUUGACAUAAACAACGAUCUUUUAUUAUAGGAUCUGGCAACCCAAAGCAACAACUUCGUUCAGCUUUCUGAUUGGAUUGAACAACUUGUACAUGUUAUAAUGGGACAAAAUAAUAAACACAUCAAAAUGAC